AUGUUUCCAUUCCAUAGCAAUAGUAACAACAACAACAACACGAAUAAUAGUACAAGUGUUACUCCGAAUCAGCAGCACACCUAUCGGAGGCUCACUCCUCUUUCUCAACAACAAGGCUCUUCUGAUUCUGUUCCGAAUUUCACGUUUUAUUCUUCGAAUCAUCAUCCAUCUUCUUUACAUGGAGUUUCUCAUUUCCACUCGGGACUCUCAUCCUCUUCAUACUCUCCAUAUACAUCUUCUUCUUCGUUGUUUCAUGAAGAAGAUUCAUCACGGGACGAUAAGAAAAAAGAUUCAAAUUUUUUGUCCGUUUGGGAACAACGACAUCGAUGGAAAUUAUUUGCAAAUCAUUCACCGUAUUUCUCAAUGUGUUUUAUUUGUUUGAUAUUAUUGUUGGUUUCUUUAGGAAUUUUGUUGAGUAUUGUGUUUUUUGUGUUGCAGGAAGAGGAAUUUGACCAAUUAAAAAUUGGAAUUUUGAUGAUGUUUAAGGAGAAUAAGAGAAAUGAUUGGCAUUUGCAAUACUCGAUAAAGAGUGAUGAAAAGUAUUUGAAAUUUAUUGUUCUUGGUGAUUGGGGAAGACGAGGUUUAUUUAAUCAAACUGAAGUGGCUGAACAAAUGGAAUAUUAUUGUAAAAAUUUUGGAUGUGAUUUUGUGAUUAGCACGGGUGAUAAUUUUUAUCAAGAUGGAGUUAAAUCGGUAGAUGAUAUUUUAUUUAAGGAAAGUUUUGAAGAUGUUUACAAUCAAGAAACUCUUUCAAAACUUCCUUUUCUGAGUGUAUUAGGAAAUCACUGCUACAGAUCCAAUCCCUAUGCACAAGUAGAAUAUACUCAAUAUGAAAAAUCCACAAAGAGACUUUACAUUCCAUCCGAAUAUUUCACAGAAGUCAUGUACUUUCCAGAAAAGAGAGUCCUCGCUACUAAAAGGUCUGAUUCCAUUGAAACAGAAAAUUCUGAUGAGAAACAAACUUCUCAUCAUGACAUUCAACGCAAGAACAUGGCAAGCCUCUCUAAAAAGAUGACCCAACACGACUUUCGAGUUCAAUUUCUUUUCCUGGAUACCAAUCCCUUCAUUCAGCGAUAUUAUUCACAUCCCAAAAUGAAUCAACAUGCACUUCACAAGACCAGUAAUUUGAGAGCUCAAUUAGGAUUUAUGGAAAAUAUGAUGAAUGAAUUGGAAGACAAAAUUGAUAGUGGAAGAACAGAUCAAAUUCCUUAUUUCAUCAACUCAGAAAGAAGGAAAAUGACGAUGGAUCUACAAUCGAAUGAUGAAAAUCAGCAACCCAAUGACGGACCUGAUCCGAAUCACUCUCAUUCUUCAUUCUCAUUGACAAACAUUCCUCUUUGGAAAAUUGCAAUAGGUCAUCAUCCUCUUUAUUCUGCAAGUAGUCAUGGUGAUAGUGACGAUUUAGUGGAUAGACUCUUACCUUUUUUCAAAAGAACAGGAAUUUCUCUCUAUUUUAGUGGACACGAUCACAAUUUACAAUAUCUCAAAUUGCCUGACAAUUCUUUACAUCAAUUUAUAUCAGGGGCUGGAUCUGCUGUUCGAUUUGAUGUGGUGCCUCAUCAUCCCUAUCUUCAAUCCUUCCAACAAGAAUCAGGCUUUAUGUAUGUGAGACUUUCUAAGGAUUUAUUGGAUGUUUCAUUUGUCAGCUUGGAAGGUAAGGUCACAAAUCGUGUGAAAAUUCCAAAGCAGCAUUCAUGA